AUGGAGUCUACCUAUCCUUUGCUAGCAGCAGAAACCCCUUUGUCUGUGGGGCUUUCUAGCAGCAGCAGCUGCUGCAGCAGCAGCACGCAGGGGUGCAGCAGCAGCAGCAGCAGCAGCAGCUGCAGCUGCUGCUGCUACUGCUACUGCUGUGGUUGGGGGGAUGAUAAUAAGCUGCAGCAACGACGCAGAUAUAUUGGCCUCGAUCUGCUGCCGUCGCAUCACGUCUCACUCGAAGUGAGGCCCAGAGAGUUGCUGAUCUGGUGUACGUCUCCUCCGGAGGCAGUCUCCUUGCACAAACAGAAUGCAGCUGCAGCAGCAGGAGCAGCAGCAGAAGCAGCAACUGCAGCAGCAGCAGCAACAGCUCCGGGGCAUCUGCUGGGAAGGGUGCAGCUGCCUGUACAGCUGGAUGUGGGGAGUGCUGCUGCUUGCGUCGUUGCACCUGAUAGCAGCAGCAGCAGCAGCAGGGAGAACGGAGUAGCAGCAGCAGCAGCAAGGGACAGCUGCUGCAGCGAUGCUGCUGUCGUAUUUGCUGCCUUCGUUGCAGGAAGGCAGCAGCUCCUGCGGCUGCUGUUGACGCUACGUGGUUGCUGCUGGAGCGCUGCUGCUUCUGCUGCUGCUGCUGUUGCUCAGCAGCAGCGCGAGAGUCUGCUGCCGCCAGCAGCAGUCUCCGUUUCUGGUGUAUAUACAGCUUGUCUUUGUUGGUGCUUCUCAUCCGGAGCAGCAGCAGCAGCAGCAGCAGAGGCAACGCAAAACUGCAGCAAGCCUCCCCCUUUGAAGAAGAGGCGAACAACAGCAGCAGCAGCAGCACCUGCUGCUGCUGCUGUUGCCACAGAAGAGGAGCAGCAGAUUGUACUGCUUGAUGCAGAGCGGUUGCUGCUGCACCGUCCAGCUGCAGCAGCACCUUUGCUGCUGACGCUGCCGCCGCUACCUUGUGGAGAUGCUGCUGUGUUUGCUGCUUGCUGCUGCAGCAGCAGCACAGAGAGCUGCUGCCCUCUUCAUUGCUGCUGGAAGGAGAAACACGAAGAGACAGCAGUAGAGGAGAUAGAUGACUGUUUAGAGACCAGCAGCAGGUGCAGCAGCAGCACUAGCAGCAGCAGCAGCAGCAGCAGCAGCACCAGCAGCAGCAGCAGCACGCGCUGCUCUUGCUGCAGUAGCACCUGCAGCAAUCCGAAUGCAGCAGAGCUGCUGCUGCUGCGGGUCGAUGAUGGGCCUCCCAGAGCUGCAGGGUCUCCAAGGGUGCAGCAGCUGCUGCUGGCGCUGCAGCAGCAGCAGCAGCAGCAGGGGGGUAUUCAGCUUUCUUGUGAGCUGCGGUGUAUGUACAGCAACAGAGGCUCUUGCUUCUCUGUAGGGAGGCUUAGGGCUGCAGCAGCGCUGCUGCCGCAUGCAGUUAGUGCUGCUGCUGCUCGUCUCUCCUGUUUGCUCUCAUGGCAGCAACAGCAGCAGCAGCAGCAGCAGCAGCUUGCGGCUGUAUGCAUCGCAGCAAUACCACCAGCAGCAACAGCAGCAGCAUCAACAGCAACAGCAGAUCGAUACUUAUGCGUCUUUUGUAUUAGCCCAGACAUAUCUGCGGGCCCUGCUGCGGAUGAGCCAGCAGCAGCAGCAGCAGCAGCAGCAGCAGCAGGAGCGUGGCUGGUGCUGCUGCGGAUAUCGCAGCAUGCAGCAGUAGUUGCUGACGCUGUACCUGUACAGCUACUGCAGCAGCAGCAAUCGCUGCUGCCUGCUGCUGCUUUGCUGGUGAGCCCCAGCGGCAGCAGCGGCUGUUUGCUGCUGCAGUCCAACUGUUUGCUGCGGCUGUCUUUUUGCUUCACUCCGAGGGCAACUGUCUCCGUCUGGCGGCGCUGCAUGCUUCCCGCUGCUGCUGCUGCUGCUGCUGCAUGCGGCAGCAGCAGCAGCAGUGCGCUGCUAAUCGGAGACACUUUGUGGCUCUCUCGGCAGGUGCAGCAAGGGUUCGAACUGCAGCAGCAGCAGCAGCAGCAGUUGCUGGCUGUAGACCUUGCAGCAGAGCCGCCCCUGCUGCUGCCCCUUCUAAGCAUGCCGCAGCAGCAGCAGCAGCAGCUGCGGUGGGCGCUGCUGCGCACCUUACUGUGGAGGCCGCCGCCGCAGCAGCAGCAGCAACCUCCUGACAGCAGCGGAAGCAGCAGCAGCAGCAGCAUCAUCAUCUCGCAGCAGAGAGCAGAAGAAGAAGCUUUAGAUCUGCUGCUGCUGCAGGUAUCUGCACACUGCGUACGCGUUUUAGGUAGGGGGCGGCUUUGCUGCUGCUUGAUGCUGGCGCUGCAGCCCUGCAGCAGCUGCCACGAGACUUCAGAUACAGAAAGCAUCGCCUCCAGCAGCAGCAGCAGCAGCAGCAGCAACACGAGCCGCAGCAGCAGCAGCUACUACACAGUCAACAGCUCUGCUGCUGAUGAACUCUCACUCUGCAACGCAAGCAGCAGCAGCAGCAGCAGCAGCAGCAGCAGCAGGGAGUUCGACGGCUGCUGCUGCUCAGGGGCACCCCUUGUAACUGGAGAUGCCUUGCGUGCGCUGCGCAGCAGCAGCAGCAAUUGGUGCUGCUGCAGAGACAGCGUCCUGCUGCAGCAAGCAGCCGCAGCAGCGCGUCGAAUGGCAGCAGCAGCAGCAGCAGAAGCAGCAGCAGAAGCAGCAGCAACAGCUGAAGCUGCAGAGGACUGGGAAGUUUUGUUGCUGCAGCGGAUCUUGUGGGGUCUCACAAAGCAGGCAGCAGCAGCAGCAGCAGCAGACGGAGCAGCAGCAGCAGCAGCAACCAGGGAUGUGGCAGUGAGAGGUGAUGCUGCAGCAGGUCCUUUGCUGCAGCGUGCUGCAGUCAGUGCCUGUGUCUCUAUGCUGCUGUGGCUGUCUCACGUGCAGCAAGAGCAGCAGCAACAGCAGCAGCAGCUGCUGCUGCAACUGGGAGCAUCGGAGGUCUGGGGGCGGUUCUUGCUGCAGCAGCAGCAAGCGCUGAUGCGCUGCAAGCAGCAUCCAGCAGCAGCAGCAGCUGCUGCUCCUGCUGCUGCAUUUCGUUAUGCUGCAGAGACGUGGCCUCUCUCAGCUGUCUUCUCCCCCAGGAUUCCGCAGCAGCAGCAGCAGCAACAACAGCAGCAGCAACAGCAGCAACAGCAACAGCAGCAGUUCAAGGAGUUGAGUUUCGCCGUGCCGCUGCUGUUGCGCCCUUCGGGUGUAUGUACAGUGCACACUCAGCUGCAGCACGGGGAGCUGCUGCUGCUGCAGCAGCAGCCGCUUGUUGCUGCUACACAGGAGUACGUGCUGCAGCGUCUCCUACCGCUGCAGCAGCAGUCUUUAGAUAUGAUGUUUUCAGCAGGGGAGGAGAAGAGGCAGCAAAGGUCGCAGCGGCUGCUGCUGCUGGACCAGCUGCUGCAGCAGCAGCGGCAGCAGCAGCAACAGCAGCAGCAGGCAGAGUCUCUUACUGGGGACCCCAUUGACAAGUUUGCUGCUGCGUUGCUGCAGCGAGGCAGCUCUCUCUGUCUCUUCCUCAGCAGCUGCAGCAGCAACCUGCAGCUGGCGAAGGCGCGGCCGCAAGUGCAGCUGCAGCAGCAGCAGCAGCAGCACGAGCAGCAACUGUCUUCCCUGCUGCAGCAGCGCUUGCUGCUCUCCCCCUCAGACAAGUGGCGCCUGCUGCUGCUGGGUGCAGUGCAGCAGCAGCUCCAUGUGUGCAGCGGCAGCGCACCUGCGACUGCAGCAGCAGCCGCAGCAGCAGGUGCAGCAGCAGCAGGAGGUGCAUCAGCAGCAGGAGCAGCAACAGAGCUCCCUAUUCUCACCGCAUUAACGGCUACAUGCACGGGCUUCGCGAACAGAUUGUGCAAGCAGGUCCUGAGCUGCAGCAGCAGCAGCAGCAGCAGCAGCAGUUGUGAGGACGCAGAACCUUCACGGCAGCAGCAACCAGUGGACGCUGCAGCAGCAACAGCAGCAGCAGCAGAUGCUGCUGCUGCAGUGCGACGCUGCUUUGUGCCCUUUUUGCUGCCAGAGGGAAGCCGCUGCUGGGAGGAUUUAUGUGCUAUAGACCCGCAGCAGCAGCAGCAGCAGCAGCAGCAAGCGAAGCAGCAGCAGCGAAAGCAGCAGAAGCAACAGCAGUUGGGAUGCCUCGUCCGCUAUGCUGCAGCAGCAGCCACUGCCACCUACGCCGACUCUGUUGUGGCGCAGCAGCUACUGCUUGCGCUAUCUUGGCAGCAGCAGCAAGAGCAGCAGCAGCAGCAACAGCAGCAGCAGCAGCAGCAACAGCAGCGGGUGUGGGAAGGCUCAGAGGGCCAGGUGAAGCGCGCGCAGGAGACAGCGGAGUGGUUUAAGGGCCUCGUGGCGUCCCUCAAUGGAAGCAGUGCUGCUGCUGCUGCUGCUGCUGCUGCUGCUGCUGCAUUCCCCUUCUACAGCACAGCAGCAGCAGGCCUAACGCACGGCGACAAGCCACCGAGGGUGGCGGUGCUGCUGUUGCUGCUGCAGCAGCAACAGCUGCAGCAGCAACAGAACGGCGCAUGCAGCGCAGCACGGCCUCUACUUGACGCCCUCACAAUAUCGCCUGCUGCUGCAGAUUGCAUAGAGGCGGGGGAGACGCUGCUGCAGCUACAGCAGCAGCCGGUUUCUAUGGAGCUGCAGAUGAUGCGCCUGUCGCUGCAGCUGUGGUUGCUGCUGCAGGGGGGCUGCAGCAGCAGCAACAACAGUAGCAGCAGCAGGUGCUGCAGGGGCAUCAGCAGCACUAAUGCUUGUAUUAACCUGCCAGCAGCAGCAGCAGCAACAGCAGCAAGAGCUGCAGCAGCCAUGGGCGUGCUGCGCCAGGCCUUGGAGAUGUUUCUGCAGCACGGGGCCCCAGCGGCAGCAGCAGCAGCAACAACAGCAACAGCAACAGCAGCAGCAGCUGAACACUCUUUCCGCACGCAACUGCUGCUGCUGCUAGCGCAGCAAGCAGCAGCAAUUGCUCCUGCCAUUACGCUGCUGCCGCAGCAUAGAUAUCCGCAUCUGGCUGCAGACGCACAAGCAGCAGCAGCAGCAGCUGCUGCUGCUGAGAAGGAUGUCGUAGCUCCUUCUAUACGCACGCAGCUGUUGCUGAUGGCAGCAGAAGCAGCAGCAAGAGCUGCUGCUGCAGCUCCCAACUCCGCAGCAGCGCGCGAAGUUCUGCAGCAAACCCGGCGCCGAGCAGCAGCAGCACUUGUUGAAGAUGGCUGCGUCUUGCAGGCGCUGCAGCAGCUGCAGCUGCUGCAGCAAGAGUGGGGAGACAAGGAAGGGGCCUUCUUGCUGCUGCUGCUGCUGCUGCGCUUCAUGCUGAGGUCACGCGUGCUGCUGCAAAAGGACGCUGCGGCAGGAGCAGCAGCAGCAGCAGGAGCAGCUGCUGCUGCUGCUGCUGAAGACAGCGCAGGCGCCGCAUCAGAGGAAGGACAACCUGCUGCGGUGGGAACGCUGCAAGCAGAGGCAGCAGCAGCAGAAGCAGCAGCAGUAGCAGAAGCAGCAGCAGCAGCGGAAGCAGCAGCUCUAUUUGGAGCUAGCGACCCUCUUGCCGUUUGCAGCGAAGGUGCAGCAACUGCAGCAGCAGCAGCUGCUGCUGCUGCUGCGUCUAGUGCUGCCCCGUGUGUCCGCCAAGCAGCGGCGGAGGCCGAAGCAGCUGCAACAGCAGCAGCAACAGCAGCUGUAGCAGCAGCAGGCUCGCUUCCGCUUGCAGCUGUAUCUGCAGCUUCUGCUGCAGCAGGACUUCAGGCGCGGCGGCUGCUGCACCGAGUUGCUUUGCUGCUGGAGGAGCAGCAGGGAAGCAACUCGCUGGAAGCUGCUGCCCGCCUCUGUUUGCUGCACGCAGCUGCUGUCUGGUUGCAGCUCCUUGCGCAGCAGCAGCAUCAACAACAGCAGCAGCAGCUGCUGCUGCUGCAGCAGCUGACGGACUCUGCGGGGAGCUUUCCUCAUUGGUUGCUGCAGGCUGUUGCAGCGCUGCAGCAGGAGCUUGCAGCAGCAGCUGAGCCGUGGCAGCGCAUUGCGCAGCAGCAGCAACAGCAGCAGCAGCAGAAGAAGAGCAGCAGGACAAAGUUGCAGCCAGAGAACCAGCUGCAGCAGCUGCAACUGCUGCAGCAGCUGCAGCCGUCUCUCAGUCCUAUCGUGUGCAGCGCAGCAACGCUGCAGCAGCAAUACCGGGCCCUAAACACAGCAGCAGCAACUUUGCUGCCUUCUGCUUCCAGCCUUCAGCAGCAGCAGCAGCAGCUGCUCCAGCAGCAGGUUGGAGUUGAGCCGCAUGCGCCGCCGCUUGCUGCUCUCUCUCGCGUUGCUGCUAUGGCUGCUAAGUGUGGGGUGCUGCUGCAGCAGAUGCCGGGGUGUACGCUCACGUUGCCUCCUGUGCUGUCGCUGCUGCUGCUGCCUCUAACAGCUGCAGAGACACUCCAGCUGCCGCAGGUUUUGCUGCUGCGUGCUUCUGAGGAGGUGCUGCCGCUGCCACCCUCGCCCACCUCCAUGCAGCAGCAGCAGCAGCAACAGCAGCAGCAGCAGCCAGACUCGAUGGAGCAGCAGCAAGGCCUGGUUGCUGACGUGUGGGGUGGCAGUGACUGCAGCAAACCUGAAGACAUCACCGAGCUGCAGCUCCCCAUAGUAGAGGAGGAGCAGCAACUGCAGCAAAGAAGGACACGCCCAGUGUCUCCUUGCCUCGAUCCAGAAGUCUGCCUUCUCACCGCUGCUGUCAGCAGCAGAAACGGCGGCUCGGCUGCUAUCUUGUUGCUGCUGCCGCUGCAGCAGCAAAUUUUUUCUGACUUGCAGCAGCAGGCGCAGCAGCAGCAGCAGCAGCAGAUACUCUUGCUGCUGCUUGAGUGUAAAUAUAACGUUGAGGCACUGCUGUGUUUGCAGGGGGAGGCAAGCGGUCCUUCGCAAGUACUGCAGCAGCAGCAGCAGCAGCAACACCAUCAACAGCAGCAGCAGCAACAGAGGAGGAUGAAUAGGUGGGAUGAGUUGCUGCAGCACCUGGACAGACAGUGGAGGCGUUCGAAUUCCUGCAGCUCUUCGCUGCAGCCCGGGGUUGCUGCUGCCGAUUCUGCUGCUGCUGCUGCUACUGCAGCUCCCACAGCAGCAGCAGCAGCAGCAGAACGAGUAGAGACGCAGCGGCUAUUUGCAGCCCUGCAGCAGCAGCUGGAGUCUCUAGCCGUCAUGCUGGGCCCGCAGCGAAUACCCCCAGGAGUGCUGGCGUUCCUGCACAAUCGACUAAACGAAGAGGCUGGGGGUCUUGCUGAAUUACCGCUGCUGCUGCUGCAAGGAAGUCUAGAAGCAGCAGUGUCUCUGCUUGAGAAGCACAUAGCAGCAGCAGCAGGAGCAGCAGAACCUGCAGCAGGAGCAGCAGCAGCAGGAGGCAGUGCAGCAGCAGCAACAGCAAAUGGAUCCUUGCAAAAGCAGCAGGAGGCGAGAAGAGAGCUGCAAAUACAUGCAGCAGCGAUUGCACAGCUACGAACGGCGGUGGUGCAGCAGCAGCCGCUGCUGCUGCAGCGUUUAGACAAAGCCCUGAAGCAGGCAGGGGAGCUGGAUGUGGCGGAUGCUGCUGCUGCUGCUGCUGCUGCUGCUGCUGAUUGCUGCAACAAAGCAGCAGCAGCGCCAGUUAGCUGCGAGCAUUUUGAUGUUAGCCUCUCGACGCAGCAGAAGGGGGUCUAG